AUGUCAGUAGAUUGAAACAGAAACCAGAUUGUGAAACAUUUGUUAUUGAACUUCAGUCUGUGUGAAACUUCCGAAGAAAAAACAUUACUUUUUAUUCUAUUCAUUUCGUUACAUAUUCUUAUUUUUUUUUAAAUAAUGGAGUGGAAUAAAGAAAUGACAUUUCGAUUAAUCGAAUUAUACCGUGAAAAACGUAUAUUAUGGGAUCCUAUGCACGCGGAAUAUAAAAACAGAAGUAAGAAACACAGUGCGUGGAUUGAAUUAAGUAAAGAAAUGAAAAUACAAACAAACGAAGCGGAAAAAAAAAUGCGAAUACUUGUUGGACAAUUUCAACGAGAAAUAAAAAAGGGAAAAUAUGAAGGUGAUGGAAUAGAUGCUUCUUAUAAAUCAAAAUGGAUUUUUUUUAAACCUUUUCUAUUUCUGAAAGAUAAGACUCAUAUAAAAGAAAAAAUACAUAAUUCAAUAGAAGAAAAUAAUUCACUAAAAAAAACUUUUAAACAAAUAUCCAUUGAAUCACAAGAUUCUAAUUCUAAUAUUAGUCUUUUGAUAGAGAAUGAUAACUAUUCAAAUUUACAAAUGAGAGGACAGACAAAAUCAAACUCAAGUGGUAUCAAAAAGAAAGCAGAUACUAUAAGUGAAGAAUCACAUUCUGUAUGUCCAAAUGAAUUACCAAAUGAAAUAAGAACACGAGAUGAAUUUGACGUUUUUGGGGAAAUUGUUGCAUACAGUUUAAGAAAAUUGAAAAAUAAGACAAUUCAAAGUCAUGUAAAAUUCGAUAUAUAUAAUAUUCUUUAUCGCGCUGAAAUAGAAAAUCAACAAGAAUAAUAUUGAACACUAUCAUCGUUUUCUAAAGAUUAGAUAAAAAUUCUAGUAGCAUCUAUAAACUUGGAUAUAUAAUAUUUAUCUAUAUAAUAUAUAUCUAUGUAAUAUAUAUAUAUAUAUAUUAAUAUAUAAAUAAUAUAUAAAUAAUUCGAAUUCAAAUAAAUAAAAUAUAAAAUAAAUAUAAAUACAUAAUAAAAUAUAAAACCGAAGUUACAAUAAUUAAAUUUAUAAUAAUAGUAGUAAUAGAAUUAUACUUAAUAUUUAUCAUUACUUAAACUCGUACUUAUAUAAAUGAUUAAAAAAUAGCGGUGUAUAUAUAUAUAAAUGCAUACAUAUAGAUAGAAUUCAAUGUAUAGAAAUUUUUUUACAAAUAAUGUAAAAAUUAAAACCACCUAUCGAUUAUACAUAUAAAGAAAAAAAGUCAAAAUAAUGGCUUUUAUAAUAUAUUUCAAAGUCAUUAAAAUCAAUAAGAAAUUAAUCAGCAGGUUUACUCAAGGAUCUCAAGAUAUUUUUGUUAAAUCGUCAUCGAAUAUGUACCAAUCAAUAGAAAUUUUAAAUAAUUGAAAUAAAGUAUGAUUUUAUUCGACCAUCAAAAAUAA